UUGGUUGUGACAACGCAACGGAGAGGUAGUCUCUGUGAUUUUAGUUUCUACCCCGUGUUUACAUUAAUAAAUUAAAAUAUAAAAGUUAAUAGUUAUAAAUUUAUCUGUGACAUUUUAAAAUAAUAAUGAAACUGUGAUAAAAUCAUAUAAUAUUUAAGUGUUAACCGAUGAUAGGACUAAUGUAGAAGCUUUGUGAUUUAUUUAGAGAGUAAUGGUGACAGUAAUGCUUUUUUGUUAAUGGCAAUAGAUUUUAAUUGACAAACCAAUGGCGGUGGUUAAUUUUAGCGUGUGUUUGGUACUCAUUCUGUACCAACUCUCGUUUGCUCUGAGUGACGAGUCGUCGGAAUCAGCAGAUCUAGGAUUAAAUGAUCCAAAAGUGGAAGGCGAGCCGGAUGGUGUCAGAUGUUAUUGCAACACGGCACAGUGUGUCAGUACCGGGUACAUGUGUAGGUCGAGAAAGACUGGUGGCUGCUACAGUGAACUGCCCGUGAGAAGACAUCACGCCAGACACGGCUGCAUUCAACAUCUAGCUGAUACGGAACAGGAAGCGUUAUCCCACUGUCAGGACACACAAGACAACAGUAUCAACAUCAAAGUUAUAUGCUGUUUUAAGGAUCUGUGCAAUCACGAGGACAGUCCACUAGCUAGGGCCCGACUGAACCUGACCAAUGAUAUAGAAGGCAGCGUGGCGAGUGAGCGCGGUUCUUAUAACAGCGAAGUAUGGUUCAAAGCUGCCACAAUAGCUGUUCCCGUGUGUGGCGCCCUCAUACUGUUUCUGCUUGUGGCUGUGGCGGUCAGGUUGCUGCGAGCUGAUGCCCAACUACAGGCUGAUAGAAAACUCAGAGGCGGCUAUACAUCCCCACCACAGCACAUUGAUGACGUCAAAAAAGUGUGGGUGGGGAACUCCCCACUCCUGAUGUCGGGAUGUCUCGUAGUUGAAAGAGCUCAGUUGGUCGCCAGCUGCGACACGCGAUAGACCUCCCGCCGUGGAUUGGCGUGCAUACAUCAAUAUGAAUGGGUGAUCUAUACUUUUAAUCUGUGUCGAAUUUACAUAUCAUGUUCUGUUGUAUUCGUCUUGUAUCCAUUCAUGAUUAAAAAUGAAUAUGAAUCUUGUAAGUUGAUCUCAGUCGUCGAUCCACGUGCUCGCAUACCAAAUCAACAACAAUGUAUGUUUAUGUUAUUAUCGUAAGCGCUUUGUGUUCCUCUAUUUGUAAAUGUCUUAAAUAAAAUCAUUUUCAUAGUAACGUGUGAGUUACCAGGUAUUGAACGGACGGGCAUAUUGUAUGACCUCGGUUCUACACCUCGUUCAUACAGAAUGUACCGUGUGAAUAUUUCUACAAUAAUUUUGACAAUACAUAUUGUAUUAUAGUCAUAUAUAUUUACAAGGAACUGUAUUUUUGUAUUGUUGUCUAAAGUCAUUUAUAAAAUUGACAAUAUUUGUUCAAUUUGCAUUUAAUAUGAAUCGUUUGUAUGAACUAACUCGGCAUAAGACCAUAUAGCCGACUGAUAUAUUACUAUAUGGCUAUGGAAUCAUGUAUACAUAAUAUAUUAUUAACAAGCUUAGUUUUAAUAAAAAUAUUGCUAUAUUAAAACAUUACUAAAUGUUGGUUGUCCACAAUAUACUUAUGUAUAACAGACCGCGCGUAACCAGUGUUAUGUGUCAUUUCUAACUCGCUCACACCGUGUGCUCUCACUCGCACAGAACGAAUAGAAAUUAUAAUCGAAAUUAAGUAUCGAAGUCAUAUAACAUGUUUAUACGCGGUCCUGCAAAACAGUCUAUCGUAUUUUAAAAGUCUCAUCAAAAUUUUUACAGCCAUCAAAAUAUUACUUCACACCAAGCAGAAUCACAUACUAGACGUAAAAAAACAAUUCUUUUUUUUUUUUGAUGUUUCUGUUUUCAAUUUAACCGUUAGCAAUGAACAAAACGUAAAAUAUUCCGAAAAAAAAAAAUUAUAGCCAGCCAGUCCGUUAAAUUAUAUUUAUGUGUAGAUACAAUGUGUUUAUGAAGCGGAAUUCCUGCACUACUUGAGGCUAAGCAUUCUCUUUGAUGUCACAAUAAAGAUUUUUUAUGUAGUAAGACAUUUUGUAAAUAUUACAGUAAGCUACCCUCGGGACCGUCGAUUUCUGUAAGCGACAUCUAUUGGAGGUAAACUAGUCCUUUGUAUCUGAUUUUUUUUUGUACAUUUUUCUCCAUAUAGAUCUUGCUUGUGGUCAAAAAUGUGAUCAAAUUAAUAUAUUUAGAUGAAUUAUCUUUUUUUUUAUAUAUUUUUGGGUGUAUAAUAUAAGACAUUUUUGUACCACGUAUCAGAUAUUGACACACACAAGCUUCCUUAAGGUGCCUUACCUUUGUAUAAGUUUUUUUUUUAUAAUAUGUAAGUGUUUUUAAUAUAGGUGCAAGUAAAAUACUCCAUAAUGUUAAAGAAUAUAUACCUGCGUUUGUACAUAUGUAUGAUCAAUGAAACAUAAACGAAUAAAAUAAAAUUAUUUUAUAAU